AUUCGAUUAUAAUCAAUUAAAUGGGUUUGUCUUUGUGAGUAAAUGCCGAAGCCUUACGAACAUCGUCUACCAAACUACAACCCGUAUAGAUUACCAUUGAAGCCAGUGAAAUUAAUUGGAGGUAGUCCAUAUGUUACUCUUGAAGUUGUAAGUACAUGGCUCAAGAAUUAGUAAAAAAGUGUUUGUCGGCGGUUUUGAAAGAUGCUAAAGUCAACUCUUUAACUUCUUUCCAUACUGCUGAUUCAAUAAAACACUCAUUAAAGGAACUGGCUACUAAGAACGCUAGAGAUCUUCCAUUGAAUAAUAGAAUAUUGACAGUGAAAGAUAAUUUAUGUACAAACUACUGGCCAACAAGUUGCGGCUCUAGAUAUUUAAGUGAUUACAUCUCUCCCUUUGAAGCUACUCUAGUCAAAACUUUAAAAGAAAAUGGAGGUAUAAUAAUUGGUAAAACGAACAUGGAUGAGUUUGCAAUGGGUACUAGUACAAAUAAUGCGUUAUACGGACAAACAGUAUUUCAAUUGAGUGAAGACAAAGACAAGUUAUACCAAGUUGGUGGCAGUUCUGGAGGGUCUUCAGCGUCAGUUGCAGCAGACAUUUGUUAUGCAUCAAUUGGAACGGAUACCGGGGGAUCAGUAAGAUUACCUGCUGCUUAUAUUGGUUGUAUUGGCUUUAAACCUUCGUAUGGAAGAAUUUCGCGUUAUGGUGCUGUACCUUUUGCUAAUAGCAUGGAUACAAUGGGGAUUAUGGCAAAGGAUUUCGAUGGCAUAACAAGUGUUUUCGACUUGUUGAAUCGCACAGACCCAAAAGAUGCAACUUGUUUAAGCGAGAAGAUGCGGAUGAAGAUCGAUAGACAUUGCCAAAAGUAUAAAAACCAUGAGACGCCUAGUAUCAUCGGCGUUCCAACAGAUUGGAACGUUGUUGAAAUGGAUAACGAGGUAUUAUCAAAAUGGAACGAAUUUAUAUCUUUGCUCAAAUCUAGAGGCCAUUUGAUAAAAGAAGUCCACCUUCCAUCCUCGCUUUACGGAGUGAGUAUAUAUACUUCUCUGGCUUACGCUGAAGGUGCCUCCAAUUUAGCGCGCUACAAUAAUUCCAUUUUCGGCCCCAUUUCACAAGAUAAAAGACAUGAAUUAAGUCCUAGAUCUGCAAAUUUUGGAGAAGAGGUGAAAAAGCGAUUAUUACUUGGAGCAUAUUCUCUCUCUUCUGGAAAAAAGAUAGGGUUUUAUAGGAAAGCUCAAUUAUUAAGAAGAGCCGUCCAGAAGGAAUUCAAUGCUUGUUUUCGGAUACCCUCUUUGCAUGCUCUUGAUCCUUCUGGGGAUAUUGAUUUCAUCGUGACACCCUCCUUUUUAAAACCAAGUAUGCCGAUUGGCUCCAAGACAUCUUCUGACUUUUUGUCAGACAGUAUGUUGGUACCAGCAAAUUUAGCAGGAUUGCCUUCCAUAAGCAUUCCUUUUGGGCAAGUACAUAAUGGCUUACCAAUGGGAAUACAACUUAUUUCUCAAUAUGGAGACGAUAACUCUUUAUUAUCUUUCUCCCGUGCUUUUUGUUAGUUGGGUUUAGAAUAAUAGUUAAAUUACAGGGGAAGUCUAUGUGUAUUUAAUAUCCGAUUUGUCAACCGUAAUUGUCAAUUUCUCGAAAUAUUAUCACUGAAUUAAAGAAAGCAGC